CCGUUUAGCUGUAAUGCUGCUGGACCAUAGAUUGGAAAAACCUUUGUCAUAUAUAUAUUUGGACAGUAGCUAUAACAUUUUCAUUUUCCUUUUGCAUCACCUGACGAUAUUGCGUGUAGGCGCAACCCAGGUGGCUUCAUCAUCAGUAGCUGUCUGAUAUAAGCACCAAAGACUAAAUCUCCCCCCUUAGAUUUCCUGUUGAGUUUUGCUGUAGAGGGUUGUUGUUUUUUCUUUUGGAAGUAAAGAUGGGGAACUGUCAAGCAGCUGAAGCAGCAACCGUGGUGAUUCAACAUCCUGCGGGGAACAAGAUCGAGAGGAUUUACUGGUCUGUUAGUGCUAAUGAAAUCAUGAGUUCAAAUCCAGGGCAUUACGUUGCACUUGUGGCAACCUCACCAACGUUAAAGAACGAAAAUGGCACGCCAUUGAAGCAGCUGAAGCUCUUAAAACCAGAUGACACUUUGUUAAUCGGCCAAGUUUAUCGACUCAUUAGCUUUGAAGAUGUGUUGAAAGAUUUUGCUGCCAAAAAGUGCGUGAAGCUUGGAAAACAGUUGAAAGGAGGAGGACUAGGGCUUGGGAUGCAGUUAAAGAGAAAGGAUUCGCCAACCGCUUCCAAUCUGAAUCCAAAACUUCACUCGGAAUCUGAGAACUGUACUUCUGUUAAGCCGGAGCAGGAAGUUAGUAGACUGGGAAGCGGUGGUGGCAGCAGCAGUAUGUACAUGGGAAGUCAUCAUGGUGGUGGUGGGGGGAAGCAAUGGAGGCCAGCCUUGCAGAGCAUUGCUGAGAUUGGAACUUGAACGCAAUAGCUACACUCCCUCUUCCAGGACUACUACUGCAUGCUUCCCCUGUCUUUCUCUCCCCACCCCUCCCUCACCCAAUAAAAAGAAAACAAUUAUUUAAAUCAUAGCCAUUUUAUUAGAACCUACCAUGUCACUCUUUCAAUCCCUUCAUAUAGUAUUCUCUUUUUCUUUCCCUUUCUGCAAAUACUACAAUGUUAUAGUAUUUGAAUACGUAUUUUUUCCUCUAGACUUAGAGGCUAGAGUUUGUGUUAGAUGUAAAACCAUUUGGACACUUAGAAGACAAAUGUAAUGAGCCAUUUUCUACUGCAAAAACAACAGUAGCAGUAGUGUUACAUUUGCUUCCUGGGAAACGUAUGUAUCUAAUAUUAAAGCAAAU